CCUGCAACUGCUAUGAUAUGGCAAUAUUCGCUUAGUAAGAUGAGUGUUUCCCCAAUGGGACCGUCCUGAAAACACUCCACCCCCGGGGCGGUAAUUUAAUGGACCAAUCCUACAACAGGCAGUGUUUUAGUGUCCGUUUAUCGCAUGGACGCACACGUAAGACAGGAACAGAAGCAGAAACUGAGGAAGAAACCAUUCUAGCCAUUUUCUGAAAGCCUUACAAUCGACGUUGCGUGGACCUGGGAACAUUGCUUUGUGCGCUUGGCCCCAUGCAAUGAGUGGCUAUCACCCAUACUGUUGUGUCUGGAGCAUCGAUUUGGUGAGAAAAAUCAGUUCAAGCCGAACCAUUCGCUCCAUUGUACAAUGUCGCUAGCUAUAAGAAGUCGAUGCCAGUAUGCAGGCCCCGAGGACUGGAAGUUGCACCAGGAGACCAUCAUAAAACUGUACUGGCAAGAAAACAAAACUUUGAAGAAAACAAUGGACAUUAUGGAAAGAGAACAUGGGUUCCGCGCCACGGCGAGACAGUACAAGGAGCGGUUCAAAGCAUGGGGACUAAAAAAGAACUUGACCGGCGAUACGGCCAAACAAAUGCAUCUUGAUGCGUACCGGGGUGCUGUCGUGAAGGUGCCUGUCGUACGUGGCCGAGAGCUCGGGUCAAAGAGAUUCCGGCAAUAUUUAAACCUCGUAGAACAGGAGAGGGCAACUUCAUCCCGUGCAGUGCUGAACGCUUUGUCGCCAUCCCUAUAUCGCCCAAAAUCGCCGGACCUGGACUUGGAUACCGAGAAGUGUAUACAUGCGUCUCUCAGCUACACACAUGGUCACUUUGAAAGUGGAGACUGGUCCUUACCGGAAGGCUUCUAUCUGUGGAUCAAAGAUGGUGCUUUUUGCUGGUGUUUAGAGUUGGGUCUUGUACAGAAGUUUUGCGAUCUUCAGCGCGGCUCGUCAGAUGGAUUCGAGCUUCUUGGAAGGUCCUUUGACCGAUACAAGUCGCUUCUUGCUGAUGGAAGUCCAAGUUUGUUAACGGCUACAUACGUCUCUAUACUAAGUUUUCAUGUCAACGGCGUCCCGGAGCUUGCCGCUUUCCUGCUGGAGUAUGUAGCUGGUUUAAGUCUCAUCCAACUGGGGCCGGCGCAUCCCUUCACACGUGUUUGGUCCAUACUUCUUUCCAUGGAUCCCAGCCAACGAUAUGAGGUUGGUAACAAGAUUUUGGAGGCACAUUUGGACGUUUUCAGAGAGCGAAUUAACCCAGAGAGCCAUUAUUUCACGACUUUGCCGAUAAACACUACACUACAGCUCGCAAGCUAUGACGGCGAGCCAAUACGAGAGGCAGCCUGUGCACUAAGGGCAUUUCGAAAGAAUAAACACCGCUCUCUUGCCGUGAACACAGAGUAUCCAAUGAAGGGCAGCAUCAUACAGGCCGCAAUGCUAUCGGAUGAAGGUCGGUAUCUUGAGGCAAUAGCGCAACUUGACUCUUACCGCGUGGACUUGGUUAGCGGCUUUUCAAGAAAUCCGAUUUAUAUUUAUCUUCGAGGAAGAAUCCUUAGCCGUCUCGGCAGGCGUGAUGAGGGAAUCAGCCUUAUGUCCGAGGCUUUAUCCAUGUUCUUCAGUCCUUACUCAAAUCUCCUCGCACAACUCGUUAUCCUAGUCCAUCUCCGGUAUGCAUAUGGCUGUAAAAGAGACAUUGAGGAGAUUCAAAACGUCAAUACGCAGAUCCGAGGAACUUGGAAGAAGAUGGUAGCUCAGAUUAAAACUGGCAAGCUGCACGAUGAGAUGGAGAAUUAUAUUCCAUUAAUUGUUGGUGAAGAAUUUCUGCGAGCUGAAAAGAAAAAAAAAAAGAAGAAGCAUUUCCUAAAUCGGAAUUGCUAUAAGAGUUCCGACCUUGCCUUUUUUUUUUUUUUUUUAAGCCGAUGAUGUGUAUUCGGAUUGGCUUUCGU